CCUAGGACGCAGCGCUUCCCGCGGGGCUCCGCUCCCGAGGGCUGCCAAAACUACCGUUCCCGCCAUGCCCCGGGUGGCGGGCGGCAUGGACGGGCGCGUGGCGGAGCGGCUCCGCGGCGCCCUCGGCCCCUUCGGCUUCGAGGUGCACGCCUUCAAGGUUGGAUGGUACAAUGCUGUUCUCCAGGCAGCCUUUCAUCUCCCCUACCCAGAUGACACACUGGCUUUUGUGGUCCUCAGCACGCCUUCCAUGUUUGACAAAGCCCUUAAACCUUUUGUGAACAAAGAACGGUUAAAAAUAAUCAGGGAUCCUGUGGAUCAGUGUGUUUCUCAUCAUUUGUCACGGGUGAAGGAGAAAUUCCCUGAUCAGAAGGUGGACAUUAUCUUUGAUUACGAGAUUCUGCCAAGCCGAAAGCCCAAAUUCUUGGCACAGACAGCUGCCCAUGUUGCUGGAGCCGCAUAUUACUACCAAAGGACAGACGUGAAGCUUGAUCCUUGGGGGAAAAAGAAGAUCUAUGGCGUGUGUAUCCAUCCCAAGUAUGGCGGCUGGUUUGCUAUCCGGGGUCUCCUCCUGUUCCCAGAUAUUCAAGUACCAUUCCUGGAACAAUAUGCCCCUGUUGACUGUGUGAGCACAGAGGAGAAAAGAAUUCAGUUGCUAGAGCUAUUCAAUUUCCACUGGCGGGACAGCCGCUACAGGGACAUAAUCGAAGUGAAGGAAAGGUAUUCAGAGGAGCAAAAAGCCUACUUUGCCACUCCUCCAGCAGAGAGACUCAAGCUGCUAGGGCUGACACAAGAAGCCCAGAGAAACGCAUUUCACUAAGUAACACAGUUUCAUGAAGGGGCAGAGGGCAGACAAAGUGCAAUUCAUUGGUGCCUUCUAUUUCCAUGGUGCUGAGGGGGGUGGCAUGCUGGUACAAAGAUGGCAAAUCCAAGCAGCAUGUGCAGCAUCUCAAUCUAAACAUCAGCUUUCUCAGAGGAAGAGGGAGCACUGCAACGGAGCACUCAUGGUCUGGAGGAAGUCCAUUGUGCUGUGGCUGAUUUGGUGUGUCUUUUGAGGAGUCUGGUAAGAUGCCAGUUAGUCUUUGGUUAGGAAAAGUUCAGACACCUUGGCAAUUGGAAAGCCUGUGCUGCUGGUUAGAGAAGUCAUUUUUGUUCUCAAGAAUUUUUUUUCCAAAUGUUUUGGUCUUAUUCUAUGUAAAAGUGAAAAAAAGUUAAUUUUCAGUCAUUAUACUGCAAAAUAGUUUUUUCAUCUGAACUCAGGGUACAUAUUUUUCACAUGUAUCCAGCAUUUUACUACCUUGUGUCAUAACUCUCCCUAGGGGAAAAAUUUCAGUCUUUUCAGUCUUGCCUUCCUCAGAAAGAAAAAUUGCCUUGUGUUCCUUCACUUGCAGCAAAAGUGGCUUAAUUUAAUUAAGAAAUCUUUGAAUUCUCCAGAGAUUGUUUCACUCUGUAGGGUGGUCCUGUACAUGCAGCAGGAGGGAGGAAAACAGAGCCAGCAGCAGCUGUCUCCAUUAGGGUAGUUACUAAAGGGACAGUCCAAAGGUCACAGCUGGAGUCUGCCAUUUCCUCUUCACCCAGGGUCAGCUUCUCAGAGAGCAUUUAUCCAUCCCAUAGAGCAGCUGACUAAAAUCUUCAGAAAGAUGCUGAAUUAACAUCUGUGUGACUGAAUUUUUACUCAAGAUAACUGACUGAAAAAGACAAUUCUCGUGGCCUUUUCUAAGGUAGACAAGGUUUGUAUUUAAAGUAGUUUUCAGUGCUGUGGCAGCACACACCACAGGUUUACUGGUUUCCCGUUGGACUCCAUGCAUGGGAAGAUUAUAAACCUGCAUGCACGUAAAAACCAUUGCAUGAAGCAUUGUCACAGCACAGGCAAAUAAGCGAAGGAAAAAAGAGAAAAUAUUCAUGAUGCUUGUGUUACUUAUAUUGUUGGAUAAACCAUCUUCAGACAGAAACAUCACAUUUUAUUUAGAUGACUUUGUUAGAUUUGUUCAGAGGUUACAGUGGGGAUCAGGAAUUCAUCUUGGAGCACUUGAUUUCAAAUAAUUUAUUAUCAUAUGAUAUUUUAGGGGAGCUUUGUUACUUGACUGCAGUGCAAUG